AUGGUGGCGGACACGCACUUGGAUGGCAUGCACUCGCGACGCAUCGAGGCAGGCGGCAUUGCAUUGAAUGUCCGUGAAGCCGGGAGCGGGCCGCUGAUGCUCUUCUUCCACGGCAUCACGGCCAAUUCGGCCGUCUUCGCGCCGCUGAUGGCCCGGCUUUCCAAUCGAUUCACGACCAUCGCCGUCGACCAGAGAGGGCACGGCCGCAGUGACAAGCCGGAUAGCGGUUACGACGCCGAUUCCUAUUCCCGGGACAUCGCCGGCUUGAUCCGCGCUUUCGAUCGGGGGCCGGCAAUUCUGGUGGGGCAUUCCCUCGGAUCGCGCAAUGCGGUGACCGCCGCGGCACGAUAUCCGGACCUGGUGCGCUCGGUCGUGGCGAUCGACUUCACGCCAUACAUCGAGGCUGAAGCGCUCGAUGCGCUGGAGGCGCGUGUGAAUGCCGGGAGCCGGGUCUUCGAGAAUCUGGACGCCGUGGAGGCCUAUUUGCAGGCCCGCUAUCCGAACCUGCCCGCGGCCGCCGUGAAGAUCAGGGCCGAAAGCGGAUUUCACCCGGUCGACGCGGGUCUGGUGCCGCUGGCAUCGCCCGUCGCCAUGGCUCAGACCGUCACGGGACUUCGCUCGGACCUGACCCAGGCCUAUCGCGACGUGAACCGUCCGGUUCUGAUCGUUCGCGGCGGGCGCAGCAAGCUGGUUUCGGCUGCUGCGCUGGCCAAGACAAGCCAGCUGCGCCCGGACCUUCCCGUGGUCGUCGUUCCCGACGCCGAUCAUUACGUCAACGAGGUGUCUCCCGACAUCACGUUGAAAGCCAUCACAAAUUUCAUCGAUGCCUGA